GGAGCUUCCGGCAAUAGUCGAAGAAAGAUGUCUCCUGUCAAACCCGUUAGCCCCGGAAAUAUCACAGUUUAAAGACUUUUUUUUUUGCCUUUUUCUGCUUCAACAAGAGCCGCACGAGCCGCACGAGCCCGUCCCCGUGAGGACCAGGUCUCUGUCCCGCGUCUCUGUUCCGCGUCUUCUGUUUCUGGGGGAGGGGGUCUCUGCCCCGUCAGCUCCGUCCACACGGUCCGUCAACACGGUCCGACUCUGCUGUGACGACAUGGCGGCUCCUGUGAACGUCCAGACGCCCAGUAAAACCUGGGAGUUAAGUCUGUAUGAACUGCACCGGAGCCCACAGGAGGCCAUCAUGGACGGCACAGAGGUGGCGGUGUCUCCUCGGGCUCUGCACAGUGAGCUGAUGUGUCCCAUCUGUCUGGACAUGCUGAAGGACACUAUGACCACCAAAGAGUGUCUGCACCGCUUCUGCUCCGACUGCAUUGUCACCGCUCUGCGGUCGGGAAACAAAGAGUGUCCCACAUGCAGGAAGAAGCUGGUGUCCCGGCGCUCUCUCCGCAAAGACUCCAACUUUGAUGCACUGAUCUCCAAAAUCUAUCCGAGUCGCGACGAGUACGAGGCGCACCAACGUCGUGUGAUCGAGAGACUGAACCGUCUCCACAACCAGGAAGCUCUGAGCUCCAGCAUCGAGGAGGGACUGAGACAGCAGGCGCGGUACAGGGCCGAGAGAAACCACCGUGUGAAAAAGCCAACCCACGAGAGUGACAACACCACUUUCAGCGGCGGAGAAGACAACGGGGACUCCCGCUCUCACCUGUCCCAUGACUCCGCCCCCUCUCACGCCCUGCCCACCACGGGGCACGCCUGGUCGGAGGCGGGGCCGAGCCGUAAAAGGGUGCGGGCGUCAGAGGAGGGCUCGGGGCAGGAGGCGGACAGCGGCAGAACCACUCCUCCUCCGCACCGCCACAAGGACGGGCCGGCGUCCGAGAUCGAGCUGGUGUUUAGGCCACACCCACAGCUAGUGCAGCCCAAUGACUACAGCCAGACCAGAUAUGUGAAGACGACAGCCAAUGCCACUGUGGACCACCUGUCCAAGUACCUGGCCCUGCGCAUCGCUCUUGAGGAGGGGCCGUGCGGAGAAGAGGUGGAGGAGGCCCAGGAGGCGCCGGGAGCGGCCACAGAGAGGAGGCUGACUGCGGCGCCGGGGGCACAAGGCUCCGGUCUGCACGGCAUCAGCGAGAAACAGUACACCAUCUACAUCAUGACCAAAGGACAGUUUUCUACACUGAAUGGCUCGCUGACUCUCGAGUUGGUCAAUGAUAAAUACUGGAAGGUCAGGAAGCCUCUGGAACUGUACUACGCUCCAACCAAAGAACAACCGCAGCCACCGCCUCCACCCAAGUCCCCCGGGCUACAGCGGGACGCCCCCUAGCUGCUGCAGAGGGUCACAGCAGUGUCAUCUGACCACAACAGAAGGAAGUAUUUCAGAUGUUCUCUGGUGGAUCUGAUGGAAACUGUGGGACUGAUUUGUGAUGCAAAAGAUGAACUUUUUGAGUUUAAUCUUUUUUUUAUAAACUGCAAACCCUUAAAGGAACUGUAUGUAAGAUUUAGAUUUUAAAUGUCAAAUGACCUCUGUGUCCCCAGACGCAACGUAAACACAGCAAAUAGAGCUUUUACUGAUAAUUGUAAUGCUGAUUUCUUCUUUUUUACAUCAUGUCCGAUUUACUUAUUUUAUAAUUUGGUGUUUUGGUUCAAGAUGAUUAUCCAAUUAGAAAGCAGAAUGCGCCUCUCUCGUUUGUGUUGCCACUUUCAAAGCUGAAAUCCAGUUGAUUUAAACCUAAAAUGUCUCUCUCUGUCUCUGUCUCUGAUUGGUCACUAUCUAAACCCCAGCACCUGCAGCCAAUCAGGACUCAGUGCUAGUGCAGCCUCUGCAGCUCAGGAAGUGAAUCUAGUGGAUCAGAACAUGAGACCUGUCCAUAAACUGAGAGACACCUGUAUGUGUCUCUGUCUGCAGAGCUCUGGACACACCUGUAUGUGUCUCUGUCUGCAGGACUCUGGACACACCUGUAUGUGUCUCUGUCUGCAGGACUCUGGACACACCUGUAUGUGUCUCUGUCUGCAGGUCAGAGCUCUGGACACACCUGUAUGUGUCUCUGUCUGCAGGUCAGAGCUCUGGACACAGGUUCCGUUGAAUUUGUAGAGGCAGGCGACACACAGCUCCUUUUAAAUAUCUCUACAUUUAUGUUUGUUGCUCCUGCUUUUUUAACACUGCCACUGUUUCAGUGUUACAUCUUUUACUCAGAUGUGACGCCUCUCACAAAUUUCUAAGCUUCAGGGAAAUAAUGAUGCAAAAAACAUGUAAAUAGUGUAUGUAUUUUUUUAUGUCUCUGUAUCACGUUUUUGAGAAGCUUUAAGACCAAGGUGGAAAGAGACAUUCUCAGCUGAGGAAUGAAUGAACCACACAUUUGGCUUCUGUACAAUAUUUUCUCUUUUUUUUUUGUUUGCCUCUGUGACUGUCACUUUAUUUUAAUCCUCUGGAUGUCACAGGUUUAUCAUCUCAUCCUGUAAAACCAGUUUAAAGAUCGGAGAAUGGUCACUUCACAAAUGUGUGGAUCAUUUCUGUUGCCAGUUUGGCUCAAGACUAAAAUAUUAAAAGCUAGAUACUAAUUUUCACCCGAAACACUUCCAUUUAUCAUUUAUUCAGCUUCUGCUCCUCUUUCUCACUAUUUAUUUGACUAUAACAUGUUUAUUUCCUUUAACUGACUGUAAAGUUUAAUUUAUUUGUGAGCAUUAAACUUUUCUGUUUCACUUGUAUCUGUAUUUGAAAAUGUAGAAAUUAGUGACAUUUCAAACCCCACGAUAAAUAAAACUCUUUAGACACUGUGGUUUUCCACAUU